UAUAUGUUAAAUUGAUGACCUAGGUAUACGUGCACGCCUUAUAAACUGUGACGGAGGGAGUACUCCAUAUGACUCAUAUUAAUUGUCGUUGAUUAGUUGUACCAAAUCGGUGACAAUUAAUAUGGUUUGGAGCAAAUAACAUUUAGAAAAGGAUGGUAGUAACAAGAAACUUAACUUGUCCUCUAACUGAUGUCAAAGAAAAUGUCUCGCUGGGAGGAAGGAGUGGGUGCUUGGUUGUUGAGAAUGGCAUCGAUAUUUAGGUGAGUAAGCUGAUGCAUGACAUUGGAGUAUCAUUUUAUUAAUGUCUGUAGUAAAGUUAUAUUGUCCCGUGGCAACGCACGGGUAUUUAACUAGUCUGUAAAUAAAGCGUACGUAUUUUCUGAAUUUUUUCUUCUCGUCUACGCCACGAUCACGUGUGGGCCAUAAUGUUUUGGGUUGUCCCUGCAUGCAUGGAGCCAGUUACGCAAUUAUAGGAGAUUUUAUUGAUCAGUUUCCAUUCAUAUACUCUGGCAGUUAGGGCUCGAUCGGCAUGCACACGCCGAUUCAUAUCCAUCUCGCCAACGAAACCGACCAAACCCUAGCUAUUAGCACAUCCAUGUCGAACAACAAUGUUCCCUGGCUCGCCGGCCUGUCCACGCCGUUCCCGGCCCCGGCCCCGGCUGCGGCGUACUACUACCAAGACGACGAGCCGGUGGAGCACAAGAAACCCCUGGCGAACAGCGGGCGGGGGUUGGUCCUCAAGACCCACUGCGAGUUCCCGGCCAUCGGAAGGGGCGCGUCCAGGGACAAGUUCGCGGUGCUCGUCCACGCCAGGGCGCCCGCCGACGUGCCGCGCGCGCCGCUCGACCUCGUCACCGUGCUCGACGUCAGCGGCAGCAUGAAGGGCGAGAAGCUUGCGCUGCUGAAGCGGGCCAUGGCCUUCGUCAUCGAUCAACUCGGCCCCGCCGAUCGCCUCUCCGUCGUGUCCUUCUCGACGCAGGCGGCCCGCCUAACCCGCCUCGCGCGCAUGUCGGACGCCGGCAAGGCCUCGGCCAAGCUCGCGGUGGAGCGCCUUGUUGAUGUUGGGGCCACCAACAUCCGCGAGGGCCUCCGUGUGGGCGCCCAGGUGCUCGUCGGCCGCCGGCACAAGAACUCCGUCGCCAGCAUGAUCCUUCUCUCCGACGGCCAGGACUCGUACCUCGGGUCAAAGAGGUACAUGGACCUUGUGCCGCCUUUGUUCGUGCUCGCCGGGAGCCGGCCCGGGCCGAUCCACACGUUCGGCUUCGGCACCACCCACGACGCCGCGGCAUUGCACACCAUCGCGCAGGCCACGGGCGGCACCUUCUCCUUCGUCGGGAACCAGGCGGCGAUCCAGGACUCGUUCGCGCAGUGCAUCGGCGGCCUCCUGUCGGUCGCCGUGCAGGAGGCGCGCAUCGCCGUCACGUGCCUGCACCGGGGCGUGCACGUCCAGGAAGUCAAGUCCGGCUGCUACGGCAACCACGUGGACGCCGACGGCCGCGCCGCCUCCAUCGACGUCGGAGAGCUCUAUGACGACGAGGAGAGGCGCUUCUUGGUGCUCGCGUACGUGCCGAGAGCCCGGCCCGCGGAGUCGGUCACCCGCCUGGUCAAGGUGACCUGCGCCUACCAGGACGCCGCGACAGGGCAGGCCGCCAACGCCGCCGCACCCGCGGCGGUGAUCCAGAGGCCGCUGGAGCUGACCGACCUGCCGCCUGCGUGCAUGGAGGUGGAGCGGGAGCGCGUCCGCCUCGCCGCGACCCAGGACAUCGCGGCCGCACGUGAAGCCGCUGAAGGCGGGCAGCACGCCGGGGCGGCGAAGAUACUGGACUCACGGCUGAAGGCGGUGGAGCGGUCGGCGCCGGGGAUGGCGGGAGACGACCCCACGUGUGAGGCAAUCAAGGAGGAGCUGCGCGACCUGAGCGCACGCGUGGGCGACCGGCGGGAGUACCAGCGGACGGGGCGCGCGUGCCUGCUGGCCGGCAUGAGCUCGCACGCGCAGCAGCGCGCGUCGGCGGUGGAGCUGCAGUCGUCGGCUGCGAGCAAGCCCCGGGCGUACCUGACUCCCAAGAUGGAGGAGAUGGUGGAGACGUCGCGUGAGCAGAGCAGGAAGCGUCGCAACAGCUGCGGAUCCACCCAGCAGCUUAAUAAUAAACAGAUCAAGCAAGACCUCACCGACGACUGAUUCCUCUUUCUCUGCCUGGUGAAACAAGACGCUGGUUGAUUAUGUGAUAUGAUGGUCUUUUUAUUAUUCUGAUGAUCAAGCCUGAACAUCUUAUAUAUGGCCACUACUCCAUUCGUUUUUAAAUAUAAGUCUUUUUAAAUA